UUUCCGCCGCGGGAGCAGCCCCGCCCCCGGGGCCGCUGCCCGGCUUCCUUCCUUCCUUCUCCCUUCCUUCCGCCGUGCUCCGCUCUCCCGGGCGGCGGGGCAGGAGGUGCCGCGGCCAUGUCGCUGCUCUGCUACAACCGGGGCUGCGGGCAGCGCUUCGACCCCGAGACCAACACGGAGGAUUCAUGCACAUACCAUCCAGGUGUGCCUGUUUUUCAUGAUGCUCUCAAAGGUUGGUCAUGUUGUAAGAGGAGAACAACAGACUUUUCUGACUUCUUGAGCAUUGCGGGCUGUACAAAGGGUCUCCAUAACAGCGAGAAACCUCCUGAGCCUGUUAAACCAGAAGUCAAAACUACCUCUGAACGAAAGGAGCUAGCUGAACUGAAACCCAAAUUUCAAGAACACAUCAUUCAGGCACCAAAACCAUUGGAAACAAUUAAGAGGCCAAGCCCAGAUGAGCCAAUGACAAAUUUGCAGCUGAAAGUGUCCGCUUCCUUGAAACAAGCUCUUGAUAAACUGAAGCUGUCAUCAGAAAACGAAGGGAGAAAAGAGGAAGAUGGUGAUGAGAUCAAGAUUGGGACGACAUGUAAAAAUGCAGGCUGUUCAAAAACAUACGAAGGACCACACAGCACAGAAGAAGUAUGUAUAUACCAUUCUGGUGUACCUAUAUUCCAUGAAGGGAUGAAGUAUUGGAGCUGUUGUAAAAGAAAAACUUCUGACUUUAAUACGUUUUUAGCUCAAGAAGGCUGCACUAGAGGAACACAUGUAUGGACUAAAAAGGAUGCAAGUACCAAAGUAGUUCCAUGCAGGCAUGAUUGGCACCAGACUGGAGGAGAAGUGACUAUUUCUGUAUAUGCUAAAAACUCUGUCCCUGAUCUGAGCUACGUAGAAGCUAAUAGCACAAUGGUAAAUAUCCAUAUUGUAUUUGAAGGAGAAAAAGAGUUUCAUCGCAGUGUGAAGUUAUGGGGAGUGAUCGAUGUAAAGAGGAGUUACGUGAACAUGACCGCUACAAAGAUUGAGCUCACUAUGAGAAAAGCAGAGCCCCUGCUAUGGGCAAGUCUGGAGUUACCAGUAUCCAACACACAACCAAAACAGGAGAGUUCAGAGCAAUAACGAUUCCAAGAGACAAGUUAUUUCCCAUGACGAAGUGGUGACUUGCUACUGUAAUCAAAUAUUUAACUUUUAUAUAGAUUUUUUUUUUUUUUUUUUAAUGCUAGAUCAUCUGUUCCCUUCUAGAAAGAAAUUUGACGCACAGGAAAUGGGGGUGGAAACUUGAAAGGGUAACGGUUAUUUCUGCUGUUGCUCCCGUGGGUAUGUUUAUGCUAGAUGCAAUGUCUCCAUGGGUAUUUAGAGCAAAACAGCUACUGCCCUUUGCUUGCAACCUUCCCUACCAUGCACUGACUAUCCCAGUAGAUGUGCUUUCUGUUCACAGUGGGUUUCUUUGUUUUUCAGCUGUUCUGUUUAAACUGGAUGCAUUCAGUAGCCUGUAUUAAAUUCAACUGUUAUGAAGCAUACAGUAAUGCAGGUACAAAAAUCUGAGUUUCAACUGAUUAGCAUGUAAUUCCACAUCUAGAGUGAAAGGUUACAUAAACAAAAAUAUGAAGUUGUACGCUUGUAGACUUUUGUGUUGUGAAACGUAGGUUUGUUUCAAUGCCUGUUGGCUAUGGAGGGAUGAAAUAAUGGCUGUAGUUCCAAGGAUUUCAGUACUUGAUGACUCCUGCUAUCUUUCAUAUAUAUCAAAGCAGAUCGGGUUAAAAUUAAAAUUAAAAGGUGGCAAGAAGGGAUUUUUGUUUACUUCUUUACAUUUGCUAUUUGAAUAGUUAAAUAUAAAAGCAAAUGGGCAGUGAAAUGGCUGUAUAACUUAUGAUUUCAGCUAUGAAGAGUAUGCAAACAGCAAACUAUUGUAAAAUUACCAAAGUGCUGGAUAUAUUUGACAGCCUUUAGAAUGUAUAGUCUGUCCUGUUCUACAAGGUUGAACAUCUCAAGACUCUUCUCAAAGUAAGUGGAUAUGUGUAGUAGGAGAAGUCAGGACAUACUGUGGGUGUCUUGGUAAAACAAUUUCCACACAGAUGUGUAUAAUUCUUGACUCUGAGGAUGGUCAUCUAAGAACUGCAGUUACAUACAGGACAAAUCUUAGGAGAAACAACAUGCUUUAAAAUGUCUGUCUCAAAUUGUAAUUGUGCUUUUGAAUCAAAAUACUUUAAAAGAAUACUGUCUCUUUUGAGCAGACUGUCAUUAGAAAUCAAGACCUUAGUUUUGUUUUCAGUUCCUCAGUAAAGGUAUGUGGCUGAAAACAGGAUAGCUGUAAAAAUGAGAUUUUUUUUUUUUUUAAUCCAAGCAGCCACACACACAAUAAUGUUGCUUUCUAUUUCUGCUUGGAAUAAUUUCUUAAUUUUGGCUUGCAGCUGAAAUAAAGAUGUUUUCCUAUAAAAGUAAUAAAAAAUGCACACCAUUAUUUCUUGUGCCUAAUCCUGUAUAUGUAAACAAGAUGUCUUAUGGACUGUUGGAAUGCAUGGAUACUCAUCUACUAGCCUUGGCAGACCUGGAAUAGUGUCAGGAGAAACACAGGGUGUAGUAGAGGCAUUCUGAAGUGAAAUACAGAUUUCUAAGAAUCUUGCUGUUUUCCAUUAAGUGUGAUUUGACUUGAGCUCAGACUUCUGUCUCUAAGAGUACUUGAAGUCUUAACUUCACGCUUAAAGUAGUAGGAAGAACAUUACCAAAGAAACUGUCCCUGAACACCAAGAAAGUAACACUGGUAAUACAAAUACAUAUAUGUACACAUAUAUAAAAUUGUUUUGGUGCUUCUCUACAUUCAUUUCAAAAUUUUUUGUCCUUGAUUACUUAGUUUGAGCAUGGUUUUGUACUCCCUUGGGCCGUUCUAAAAAAUUUCAGCUCUAAAAUCUGAUUCUGUUUACUUUUAAUGUAUUUUCCUUUUUUUUUUUUUUUUUUCUUUUUUUUUUUACAAUUUGAAAAUGUCAGGUACUGAGAAGUGAUAGGGUACAAGUUUAUAAAAUGUGUGCCUGCCAAGUGGUCCUCUGAAAAUUGAACAGGUGUUCCUUGAUGUGUUCUGAACCAACAAGUGGAGUACUUAUUAGUAUGACACUGAGAACACCAGUGGAUGAAAAAUUCUAGAUAGCUGUAGCUACUAGCAUGCCAUCUGUAUUUGUGUGUGCAGAACUCUGAACUUGGACAGCAAAAUUAGCAGUGCUUAAAUGCCAGGAUAAAGUUCUUGUUUAACAAGCAAGUUCAAAUGUGUCUAUCCAUAUGGCUAUAUAAAUAUCCUAAAUAUGUUAAAAAUUACGGAAAACAUAUUUUCACUUAACCUACUGCACACGAGGAUGCAAAUUUACAUAAUGUAAAAUCCACUUUAAAGAACUACAUGGAAAAUGGAAUUCCUUUGGAAUUUGUUUUUAAGUAAGUCAUAUUCUGCCUUAGUGCACUAAACCCUGAAUGGAGAGAAAUGUGGAUGAAUGGACCAUCUGCUGUGAAUGCUUCAGGCUUUGGGAUCCUUUAACUACUUAUUGCACUCUUUUAAAUUACAUUCUACUGCUAGCUUACUCACCUUGGCCCAUAAGUGGGAGAAAGCUCCUGUAAACACAGUCCCCAUUUUUGCUUUUGCUUUUUAUUCAUUCCUCCUGCUCUUCUCCUCUUGUUCAUACUUUCAGUACAGAAGUAAAGAUACUUCAGGUGUUCUAUAAUGACUCUUCUGAUCAGUGGCAAUACAACCACUGUUAAAACUUAGCUGUUUAAAAAAGCAAGCAAACAAAUCAAAGAACCCAUAAAAUCCAAUCAGCGUUGGUCAGGCAAGAAGGUAUAGAUUUUACAACAACAGCAUAGUUUCUGUGGCCUGGGAUUCUUUUCAAAAUAGAUGAACCUUCAGAUGGCCUAGACUGCCAUAAACUGUCUCCUUACCUGCAGAAAUUCUUAGCAGUUUUUUAUAACCAUAUGUCUGCAUCUAUCCUGAAGCUGCAAGAGCCGUCACUGAAUUUGUGUGUUUUGAGCAGUUGCUCAUGAUAGGCUUCAACACGCUGAGGGUUGAUCCUGGUGUUUCAUGCAACGACAUCAUGCAUAAUGGUAGCAGACACUUUGAUGGACUAUUGGCUUGGCUGUAACUUUUAUCAGUAAGUGUGGAGAGAAGGUGAGGCAAACUGUAGUAUAGUAAGCCUGUAUACUAAUCACGAUUGCUACUUUCCCAAAAACAAGACUUGUCAAGUAAGCAGAGUGGUUUUUGAUCACAGGCUUUCACCUGCCUAAUAAUAUAACAGUAAAUUGCAAACCAGUAUGAACAGGAAUACCUGAUGUUGAAUUUAUCCUUUUUUCAUGCUUUCAGAUGUUGUACUGUGUUUAUCAAAUUGACUAAGUUGACACAGUCUGUAUUUUUAUAAAUAAGUGUUUAAAAGCUGUAGUGUGUUUCAGUAUGGGUUUACGUGCUACACAUGUAGACAAGCAUGCUCCAAGAGUCAGAACUGACUGUCCAGGUGCAUAUAGAACUUCACCUUCACGAUCCCUUUAUAAUGUGAAAAAUUGCAUGGGUAUACAAGUUUGACAGAAAUCUUAAUCUUUUCCCUCAUGUAUAAGCCCAUUUUCCUAUCUAAUGUAACGUAUUUUGUUUCUAGAAUUACAUCCUAGGUAACAAGGAUAAGAGGAAAUAGCUUCAAGUUGUGCCAUGGGAGGUUUAGAUUGGAUGUUAGGAAAAGUGAUUUUCAUGGAAUGGGUUUUCAGGUGUUAGAACAAGCUGCCCAGGGAAGCUGUGCAGUUACCAUGCCUGGGGGUGUUCAAAAAAACCCAAGGGUGUGGCAUUUAAGGACAUGGUUUAAUGGUGAACAUGGUGGUGGUGCUACCUUAGUGGCUGGUGAUCCUAGAGGUUUUUCUAAUCUUACCAAUUCUGUGAUCUUGUAUCAGUAAUAACAUUUCUUAGAGGAAUUGGAAUUUAUGUGGAAUGUUAAUACACUGCUAAGCACAGGGCUGAUCAGCUACUCUGACUCAUUGAUAUAACUUGACAAAAAAAUCUUCCAUUGGAUGGUAUUCUGGAUUGUGUACAUUGUCAAGUCACCAUUUCGGUAGUUUAGGAAUUAGUUUUACUAGGAAUUUUGCCUUGGAAAAGAAAUGCCUGUUUUGCAUAAUGAUGCAUUUUUGGCUUGCAUUCUUUAAACAUGGCAUGAGUACUGACUAAAUAAAUACUGUACCCAUUAAUGAUUGGUCUUUCCCAAUUUGCUACUAAUUUUUUUUUAUUUUUAUUUUUAUUUUUUUUUUUUUUAAAAAAAAAACUUCUGUGCAGAAAGGAGAUCCUUUUUAAAGUAAUGAGUUAUGUGUCUGGAACACUGUUUUAGGGUGGUAAUAAUUUUCCCAUUAUAAGAGUCUUGAAUAACAGUUGAAGAGGAGGGGCCCCUUGCAUGGCUGUUUGAUUCUGCACAUUCAUAAACCUUAUAUGCAGAAAUUAAUCUCAUGUCUUCAUGCUCUAGUUUUUUUCUAAAUGUAUUCAAUAAAAUUCUUAUUACAUG